CCGGCAUAGCGCAAAGCGCCGCCCGCCGCACGCCGUCGAGGCAAGUCCAGGCGCGCACACGAAGGCAGAGCACUUAGAGCGCUCGCCCGAUUAUAGGCAGCCAGGCUGUGGCGCGGCAGCCCUCGGCCCGGAGGCAGCCCUCUCUCACCUAGGCGGGCAGCCCUCGACCGGGCCGGACGCCAGCCGCCGCGAGCCAGCGACUAGGCCGGGCAGCGCCGAGAGCCGCCAUGGCCGACGCCGAACCCAAGGAGUUCGACACGAACGUCGCCGACGCCGACGAGCGCAAGCGUAUUAGGGCCCAACGCAUCGAGGCGCGGCGGGACGCCGAGAAGGGCGCGCUCGAUAAAGCGAACGAGGAGCGCAAGGCAGCCGAACGAAGUCAAGGCAAGCAGCAGAUCGCCGAGAGUUUGUCUCAUUUAGAUAAGAAAAAGUCCUCGGGUAUCGAGAAAGUCACGGACGUGCGAGUGGCUGCCGAUUGGAGGGAAGCACAAAGACGAGUGGCCGAAGAAAAGAAGCGCCAGGAUCGCCUACAGCGGUUACAAGAAGAAGCCGUAAGUUCGGGCAAGCAGAACGCGAUUAUAGAAGCUAGAUGGGCCGAGUUAGUCGAGCAGAAUAUUCCGAGGGAAUUGCAUGACGCGAUCGAGGUCCAGAAGGAGGCCUGCGCCGAGAUCUUAAGAUCUAAGGAUGAAUUAAUAAAAGAAUUCAGACAGGAACUGAAGAAGAAGGACGAGGAGUACGUCAAGGCCCUCAAGCAGCAGAAGGAGGACAUCAAUCAGCUGUUGGAGAGGAUGCGCCAGGAGUUCAAGGAGCUCCAGGGCGAGUACGAGGUUGAAUUAGAAGCCAUAGAAGAUGCGUUCUUGGCGGAACGAGAUGAACUGCUCAACAAGAACCGGGAGGAGAUCGACGCGUUGUACGAAAAAAGAAAGGAGGCGGAGCUCAAGUUCCUCGAGAACCGACGAGCGCGGGAGGAGAAGCACAGACAAGAAAUCGAGGACAUGCUCGUCAAGGACGGCGAGGAGUACAACAAGCUCAAGAUUAAGUUGGAGAACGACGUCCAGACUCUGGAGAGGCAGCUCGAGGAGAUGCGCGCUACUUAUCAAUUGAACACUGAAAAAUUAGAUUAUAACUAUAGAGUGUUGACUGAGAGGGAUAGCGAGAAUUCUACGACGCUGCAGCAGCUCAAAAGAAAACAAAAUAAGCUCAAGGACGUCCUCAGUCGAGUCAUGGCCAAGUACCAGGAGACCGACGAGCGCGACAAGAACGAGAACGAACGGCUCACGGAGGAGUAUAAGAGGAUGACCAAGGCCUACCGGGAUCUACAACUGAAAUUCCGCCACUUCGAGGUCACGGACCGGCAGAAAUUCGAUCGAGUGUGGCAGAUGUGCGGGGGCGGCGUCCGUUAUUGGCCUUCCUUGCGCCGUCGCGGCGUGUCAGAGAGCGCGCGGUCGCGGCGACGGCGUCGACGAGAGAGCGUGUCACCGUCGAGAGCGUCGCGUCGACGGCGUGCCGGUGGGGUUGAUGCACCCUCGAGGUGCGACUCGUCAUAAGCCGUCGACGCGGCGGGGAGAGCACGGCGAGAGAACACCGCAUAAAGACGCGUGGCUCACGUCGUAACACGCAGGCACGAGGCCGAGGUCAACGAACUAGUAGGCAAGGUCCUGCAGGCCGACGAGCUUAUCCACAAGCAGCAGCUCGGCUGGGACUGGAAGCCGCCGGACCUCGAAGCUCUACGAGCUCUGGCAAGGCCGGACGCGGCGACGCAGGCCCGCGAGGAAGCGCUGGAGCGGAAGCGCCUCGAGGAGGAGGAGGCGGCGCGGCCGAAGGUCUCCGGUGCGAAGCUCAAGGCUUGUCUAGAACUCCUGAGCGCGGAGGCCGGCUUCCUCGUCGAGAAGAAAGUGCGAGACGCUCUAGAUGAGUUACCGGAGGACGAGGCGGAACUCGCCCAGGCCGAGAGUCUGUUGCGAGCCUUGGGCGCGCGCGACGACGCCGACAUCUUGCUGUUAGUCUCCAAGUUCUUCUCGGACGGGCCGGCCGACACGGAAGGCGAGGGCGAUGCUGCGGCCAGAGCUCUAGCAACUAGGAUCAAGCCGGAGGAUGUUGUGGGUGCGGCCCAGUCCUUCGUGGAAGAACGGAGGCGGAACGCGGCGCUGAAGCCCCCUGCUGCCGAUACCGUGAUCGGUGCGGAACCGGUCGGUCUCGCGGCAGAGAGAGAAAAGGAGCGACAUGCGAAACAGCGGGAGUACUGGACGAAGAUGGCCAACGUCGUGAGUGACGACACGUUCGAGGUCUGGCAAGAGCUCGAGAAACAAUUAGAAAAGUACAACACAGUACUGAAACAAAGAUCUCAAGAAAUCGCUAGAGUGACGUCGCUCCAGGAGCAGAACGCCCAGCUCAAGGCCCUCAUCAACCAGUACCUCAACGCCAAGGUCAACGACGAGCUCAUCGUGCCGCCGGCCGCGACGAUCGCGAUGAACCAGCAGGCGGCGCAGACGUCCGCCGAGGGGUAAGUAGCUUCCAUA